ACUGCCUAAGGGGCGGGGCACUCUCGGGGCGACAUUUGAGGGCGUUGAAGAGAAGAGCAGGAGAAUGGUGGAGCGAGAGGAAAUGUAUAUAAAAGGCGGCACUCGGUGCGGGAAAGCAUUACUUCCGACAUGAAGCUCCUGGUCUUAAUCUCAACAAUCGUGGCCACGUCGUUAGCCGCACCUCAGGGCUACAAUCUGGGUACGCCUUCAGGACCAGGUUUUGGAAUUGGAGGUCCAGGACCGGGAUUUGGAUCAGGAGGAUGCGGUCCCGGACAGGUGCUGCAUGUGGACGGCAGGUGUGUCACUCCACGUGUCAACCGUAAAGUGUAUUUAUAUGACGCGCCACCAGCACCUGUGUCCUAUGGUCCUCCGCCUUACAUCCCUGAGCCAACCAUAGAUACAAAUAUCGUGUUCAUCCGAACUCCCGAAGGAGGACAAGGACCAGAUCCCAUCGUCGUGCCUCCGCCACAACAGAAACACGUCGUGUAUGUCCUCAACAAACAGACGGAGCAAGGACAGGAAGUGAUUGAAGUGCCAGCACCACCAGCAAGUAGUCCUGAAGUGUACUUCGUGAACUACGCUGACGGCGAGAACCCAGUUCUUCCCAGCGGUGUUGAUCUCCAGAGUGCCUUGAACGCAGCCUCUCAGGGCGGCGGUCAAGUGAUUGGUGGCGGUGGCGGAGGUGUUGGCGGUGGUUUCGGAGGCAGCGGAAGUGUUAGCGGUGGCUUUGGAGGUGGAAUUAGUGGUGGAUUCGGAAGUGGAGAAUUCAUCUCUGGUGGAAGUGGCGGUGGAUUCAUCACAGGAGGUGGUUUCGGUGGAGGCUCCAGUGUUGUCUCGAGUCCUUCAAAUCUAUAUACUACACCAUAGAGUUUACCAUCUGAACAUCCUGUUAUGUACUUCUAAUUAACAUGUUAUUCAUAAGAAUAUUAUCUUGAAUCUUAAGCCAGACUUGUUUUGAAUUAUAAAUGUGUAUACUGUAUAUAUUCUUUAAAUAAAUAGAAGAACAAAUAAGCGAACUUUU